AUGUCCUAUCAAGAGAAGGAAGGUACAUCUCCAGACGAGGAAAAAGCAUCAACUCUAAAUAAGGAAGGUACACCUCAAGUCAAGGAGAACGAAGGUCAAUCAAAUGUAGUAGCCGAAGCGUCUGGUGAACCUUCACGUGCUAGUGCACGCGACCAAACAUAUUCACCAAAGGGCCUCGAGUAUAACGUUAAUCUGGCUCAGUCGAAUUUCCGGUCUGCCGUGUCAACAUGGCGCAGGCAUGCAAAUAAAAUCCGAGUUGCGCUAUCAGAUACAACAGAUCUUGGUAUUAUAAGGAGCGAGCGCGAUAUUCUCGAAAGAAAUGUUGGUGAUGUUGUAAAAGCGUACCAUAAGUUAUUGUUAAUGCUUGAACAAGGCAGGGAAAGUGAUGUUUUUAAGAAUGUUGAAUCCUUCGAAGACGGGUUGUUUGAGAAGUGCGAAACCAUCGAAAAUGAACAUCAAUACCUCAUGCGCGAAAUCGCUAGUUUCAUUCGUGAAGUAGAGUCUGACGCGAAAUCGAAAUCCUCCAGACAAUCUCAUAGCACGUCGCGAUGUUCAGGAACAACUAAUAAUACCAGACGGUCCGAUGCAACGGUUAAGGCCGCCGAAAUCAAGGCUAAACUUAAGUAUGUAGAUCUGGAGGCAAAGACCAAGGCAGAUAUGAAGAGGGUCCAACUUAUGAUGGAGCUUGACAUGGCCGAGGCCAAAUUAGAAGCUAUGGAAACCUUGGACGAGAGCAGGAGCUCAAUUCCUGACAAACAUUUUCUUAGCAUGAUACCCAAAUUUGAGCCAGACGAAUACGCGGCAAAAUAUAUACAGGGUUUGUCAGCGCCUCCCCCCGUGGCAUUGUCAGCGCCUCCCCCCGUGACCUUGUCAGCACCUCCCCCCGUGACCUUGUCGGCGCCUUCUCCCGUGACCUUGUCGGCGCCUCCCCCUGUGGCCUUGUCAGCGCCUCCCCCGGUGACUGUGUCAGCUCCUUCCCCCGUAGGUAUGUAUGCGCCUUCCCCAGUCACAAUUGGUUUAAAUCCACUUAUAGAGGAAUUUGUACCUCAACGCUAUUUACCUACUGCGCCACAGUUUUCCCAUUUUACGCCAAAUCCCAUCAGCACUACCGUUCCUCCAACUUCUGUCUACGAGUCGAGUCCCAAGCCGACUACCCCAACAGCUUUAUCCAGUGAACAGGGCAUGUUACAUUUCGCAAAGACUCUAGCUGAACAGGUGAACUUGAGUAGACUUCCACCUCCAGAGCCCAGUGUGUUUAUGGGUGAUCCCCUUAAGUAUCCGGGAUGGAAAGCUGCCUUCCAGACCCUUAUUGAGCAAAGGCAGAUACCAUCAUCUGACAGGAUCCACUACCUCAAGAAGUACCUUGGAGGCGCAGUGAAGGAAGUGGUAGAAAAUUAUUUCCUGCUGACCUCUGAUGAUGCGUAUGACGAUGCGAAGAAGUUGCUUGACGAACGAUAUGGCGAUUCUUUCAUUAUUGCAAAUGCCUUUCGCGAUAAACUGGAGAAAUGGCCCAAGGUUAACCCUACCGAUGGUAGUAGUCUACAGAAGUUUGCAGAUUUUUUGAGGCAAUGCCAAGCAGCGAUGCGGACAAUUGGAAGCCUCGACGUCCUUAACGACAAUCGUGAAAACAGAAAAAUGUUGACAAAACUUCCUAACUGGAUUGUAAAUAGAUGGGCCAGGAUAGUGCGUCAGCGUAAGGAGGAGAAAAAUGAGUUUCCUCCAUUCAAGGACUUUGCUGAAUUCAUCGGGAGAGAAGCAAAGAUCGCUUGUGACCCAAUUACCUCGAUACAGUCUCUGAAGACUGAUCAUAGCCGUGGCGACGAGGAGAAACCACCUAGCGCAAGCAGGCAGGUUCGUAGGCAACCCACUGGAGGACGAUCAUUCCUUACCGAGGUGGAUGAAAGUCAAACGACAAAUUCGACCAAGACUACAAAGUGCACUCUUUGUCAAAGGAACCAUAACUUGGAUGAUUGUAGACAGUUUCUGGCUAAGUCCUUGGGUGAGCGGAAGGAUUAUAUAAGGGAACAAAGACUUUGUUUUGGAUGUUUAGAUUCCGGUCACAUAGCUAGGAAGUGUAGACAGAGAAAGCAGUGUCGUACGUGCUCCAGGCCACACCCUACAUCGUUGCACGGUGAUUUGAAAAACACGCCAAAGUCUAACAAUGUGAUUGGUCACUCAAAGGAAGGUUCAUUAAACAAAACUUCUAACAUUCAAGGAUCAUCGUCAUUUCAUUCUAGCUCAACCUUUAAGAAAAGCUUCGGAACGUGUAGCAAAAGUUCGAUGAUUGUCCCUGUGUAUGUGUCCCAUCAGAAUAACCCAGAGAAUGAGAGACUAGUGUAUGCCUUGCUUGACACGCAGUCCGACACUACGUUUAUUUUGGAAGAUACUUGUCGGGCGCUUAGGCAAUCUGGCACCAAGGUGCAAUUGCUGCUCUCUACGAUGCAUGCUGAAAAUCGCGUAGUAGACAGUUGUAAGGUAAAAGGUCUGACAGUGCGUGGUUUCAACAGCUCGCUCAAGAUAGCAUUGCCAGAUGUGUUUACACGGAACAUUAUGCCGGCCAAUCGUUCUCAUAUUCCUACACCGGAGAUGGCCAAGCAGUGGCCUCAUUUGGAAUUUAUUGCGGACGAACUUGUGUCAUUGCGUGAUUGCGAAGUAGGACUACUGAUAGGCUAUAAUUGUUCCCGGGCGUUAGCCCCACGUGAUGUUAUUGCGCCGGUUGACAAUGGACCAUAUGGCCAGAAAACUGACCUCGGAUGGGGCAUCGUGGGCAUUGUUGACCGAGACUACGUUGAGAUGCCUGAUGAGGACCUGGUAGGCACAAGCCAUUUCAGUAUUUCGUGCAAGGUACCUGGAGGUGUUUCGUCGGAUGCCAACGAACAUGUUGUGUUUGCAUGUAGACACAACGUGAAGGAGGUUAUCGACCCCGCUGAACUUGGACGUAUCCUAGAACAGGACUUUAACGAGACAAGCGCUGUGAAUACAGCAUAUUCGCACGAGGAUCGACAGUUUCUUGCACUGAUGAAGGAAGGAGUCCAUAUUACCGAUGGACAUUAUGAGAUGCCAUUACCGUUUAGAGAAUCCAUGCCUUAUCUGCCAAACGACAAGACGUUGGCUUUUCACAGACUCCUGCACCUAAAGAAACGUAUUGACGCAGAUCAUCAAUAUCGGGAUCAUUACAUGGCCUUCAUGGAAGAACUGAUCCAGAAAGGAUUCGCAGAGAAGGUUCCCGAAGCCGAACUCGAACUUGACGAUGGACAUGAGUGGUAUAUCCCUCAUCAUGGUGUGUACCAUCCGCAAAAGCCGAAUAAAAUUCGUGUUGUCUUUGACUGUAGUGCCAAAUACAAGGGUGAAUCACUAAACUCACAUCUGCUACAGGGACCUGAUCUUACAAACACACUGGUUGGUGUUCUGUGUCGAUUUCGGAAGGAACCAGUGGCCUUUAUGUGCGACAUUGAGCAGAUGUUUCAUCAAUUCAAAGUGAACAAUGAACAUCGUAACUACCUCAGAUUCUUGUGGUGGGAAAACGGAGAUACUAGGAAACAAGUUCUGGAGUAUCGGAUGAAUGUGCAUCUGUUCGGGGCAGUGUCAUCACCAGGGUGCGCUAACUUCGGUUUAAAGCAAAUGGCUGCCGACAACGAAGCAGAAUUCGGACAGGACGUGGCGAAUUUUGUGAAGCGCGACUUUUACGUCGAUGACGGAUUGAAAUCCUUACCUACUGUUGAGGAAGCUGUGAACAUGAUCAAUGGAUGUAAGGGGAUGUGCAGCAAAGGUGGCACGAGAUUGCACAAAUUUAUAUCCAGCUCAAAGGAGGUCUUGUCGCAUAUUCCGCAAGAAGAUAGAGCCAAGGGGCUCAAGAACAUUGAUAUCCUUCAUGACAAGCUUCCUGUUGAGAGAGCUCUUGGAAUUCAGUGGUGCGUUGAGUCAGAUUCGUUCCAAUUUCGGAUAGUCCUUAACGAUCGUCCGUUGACCAGACGAGGUGUGCUGUCUACAUUGUGUUCCGUGUAUGACCCUCUCGGAUUCAUUUCGCCAUUCAUCUUGGUUGGAAAGCAGAUUCUCCAGCAGUUGUGUAGGGAUAAGACGGACUGGGACAGUCCACUCUCUGCUGAAUUGAAGAUGAGAUGGGAACGAUGGAGAACAGACUUACAAAAUCUCAAACUUCUUCAGAUCAGGAGAUGCUUGAAACCUGUUGACUUCGGAGAAGUUGUUUCAGCACAGCUUCAUCACUUUUCUGACGCAAGUACAAGCGGCUAUGGCCAGUGUUCUUACCUUCGGUUGGUCAACAGUGAACAACAAGUCCAUUGCGCGUUAGUUAUGAGUAAAGCCAGAGUCACUCCCUUAAAGCAAAUGACAAUACCGAGACUAGAACUAGCAGCUGCCUUAGUGUCCGUUCGUGUGAGUUCCAUGUUGCUUCAAGAGCUGGAAUAUAGCAACAUCGUGGAAUGGUACUGGACUGACAGUCAAGUUGUCCUUGGAUAUAUCGCCAACGACGCGAGGCGAUUUCACGUGUUUGUGGCUAACAGAGUGCAGCAAAUUCGCAAUCACACGGAACCAUCACAAUGGAAGUACGUCAGGUCUGAGGACAAUCCUGCUGAUUUGGCCUCACGUGGGACGACGGCUGACGACCUCGUGAAUCGAACCGACUGGUUUAACGGCCCUAGCUUUCUCUGGGAGUCUGACCCUUCGCCCAGCGAUGAUGUAGAAAAUAAACCAGAUGUUUCGACUGAUGACCCCGAAGUGAAAAGGGUUCAGGUGUUCACUACCAAGGCUGAGACUAGUGAGAGUACAGAUACACUACUUGACCGAUUGGACUAUUUUUCAAAUUGGAACAGAGCCAAACGGGCUAUUGCUCAGUGUUUAAAGUUCAAACAUUUGUUGCAGACACGGGCAGUGAGAAAACCAACUGUGGUACACCCAUUGCACAAGGAAAUGUUCAAGAGCGAUGCUCUGUCAGUGAAGGACUUGCAGGAGGCAGAGUUGGAGAUCGUCAGACAUGUUCAAGUACAUGCCUUUCGUGAUCAGAUCAAGCUUCUACAAAAUCAGGACGAUGACAAAAAGGGAACUCGUUUGAAGGGUACUUCUCCACUAAGUGGCUUGGAUCCGUUUGUGGAUGAAAAUGGAAUCCUACGCGUGGGUGGCCGUAUUCGACGAGGUGAAUUCGGUGCAAAGAUAAGGCACCCCGUCAUCCUUCCGAAAAGGUCUCACAUCACAGACAUCCUCAUUCAGCAUUAUCAUCAACGGAUUGAACACCAAGGACGUGGUAUGACCACAUGUGAAAUUAGAUCCAAUGGCUUUUGGAUCAUUGGUUGCAGUUCCGCAGUAUCAAGCUGUAUAACCAAGUGUGUAAAAUGUCGCAAACUGCGAGGAUGUUUUCAGGGACAGAAAAUGGCAGACUUGCCUGUUGACCGACUAUCAGCUGAACCUCCAUUCACUUACAGUGGUAUGGAUUUGUUUGGACCCUUUUACAUCAAGGAAGGACGGAAGGAGUUAAAGAGAUAUGGCGUUCUCUUUACGUGUAUGUCGAGUCGUGCUAUUCACUUGGAAACUGCGAAUUCCCUGGAUACCAGCUCGUUCAUCAAUGCGCUACGCAGAUUUGUGUCAGUUCGUGGUCCUGUGAGGCAUCUAAGGUCAGAUAAAGGUACUAACUUUGUUGGCGCUGAGCGCGAGCUCAGGGAAGCGUUCGAAGAACUGGACGACGAACGACUCGAGAUGUAUCUAUCUAGUGAGGGUUGUGACUACAUCAGCUUCAAGAUGAACCCCCCUUCUGCGAGUCGCAUGGGCGGAGUCUGGGAAAGGCAGAUACGUUCCGUUCGUAAUGUACUUGCAUCGUUGAUGCAUCAAUCUGGCUCCCAGCUGGAUGACGAGACACUUAGAACUUUUUUGUGUGAGGCUGCAGCUAUUGUGAAUAGUAGACCACUUACCACAACCACCCUGAAUGACCCACAUUCAGUGGAACCUUUGACUCCCAAUCAUCUGCUGACUAUGAAGACCAAGAUCAUCUUGCCUCCUCCUGGUCAAUUCCAAAGGACGGAUCUCUAUUGCCGUAGGAGAUGGCGACGUGUGCAAUACCUGGCAAAUGAGUUUUGGAACCGUUGGAGAAAGGNAGAUGUAUCUAUCUAG